AUGAAUAUUUUAAUUAUUUAGACACUUUUAUUAUUCCAAUAUCUGGGAUUUAUAAAUUUGCAUUUAAGAUUGUAUCAAUUGGAAAAGCUAUACAUAUUGGAAUAGCUGAUAGUGUAAUUAUUAAAAAAUCAGAUUUUAAAUCUAAUAUAGAAGGAAUUAGACAUGGAACAUACCUUUUAAGUAAUUCUGGAUAAAUAUAUUCUCAUAUAUAAUAAUUUAAUGAUUAAAAAAAUAGUGGGUUUGAGUUUUUUGAAAAUGAUAUAAUUAUAAUAGAAGUAAAAAUGA